AGAUGGAAGUCCAUCUGCAAGAAAACUUUUCAUCCUUUGGAAUCCUGCUUUGCGACCAAAAACUAUAUUCAAUAAAACUCGGUUUUCUAUGAAUAAUGAUGAGUUGGCAGAUGAAAGUACAAAUUUUGUUCGUUCAAGCCCAAUCGUGGAUGUUGCACGCCUUCUUGCUGAAAUGGUUCAGCAUGGUCUUCGCUGCAUUGCAUUUUGUAAAUCACGGAAGCUUUGUGAGCUUGUUUUAUCCUAUGCACGUGAGAUUCUUCAUGAGACAGCCCCGCAUCUUCUGGAUUCCAUAUGUGCAUAUCGUGGUGGCUACAUUGCAGAGGAAAGAAGAAAAAUAGAGAGUGCUUUAUUUGGUGUAUUGCAAGUUUGUGGCAACAAGCUGAAAACUUUUGAAAGACCAAUCGAAUGCUGUCAUAUUGAUACUCAAAACAAGCGGGUUCUUGAACAGCAUUUGGUCUGUGCAGCUCAUGAACACCCUCUGAGUGUGCAGUAUGAUGAGCAGUAUUUUGGUGCUUGCUUAGAGAGUGUUUUGAAUUCUCUAAAAGAUAGAGGAUACUUAUGUCCUGAUCUGUCUGAUUCUUCUAGAAUUUGGAACUACAUUGGUCCUGAGAAAUUACCUUCGCAAGCAGUCAAUAUCCGAGCAAUAGAAACUGUUAGAUACAGUGUCAUAGAUCAGAAAAAGAAUGAAGUCCUAGAAGAGAUAGAGGAAAGCAAGGCUUUCUUUCAGGUAUACGAAGGUGCAGUGUACUUGCACCAGGGGAGAACCUAUUUGGUUGAAAAAUUAGAUCUAUCUACCAAAACUGCUUUCUGUAAAGAGGCUGAUCUGAAGUAUUAUACAAAGACUCGAGAUUACACCGAUAUCCAUGUCAUUGGGGGUAAUAUUGCUUAUCCAGUAAUUGAUUCCAUCAUGUUUCCAAAAACAAAUGUGCGUGCUAAUGUAUGCCAAGUGACAACUACGUGGUUUGGAUUUUAUCGUAUUCGGAAAGGAAGCAAUCAAAUCAUUGAUGCUGUUGAUCUAGCACUUCCUCAGUACUCAUAUGAGUCACAGGCAGUCUGGGUGCCUGUGCCACAAUCAAUAAAAGAAGCAGUGGUCAAGCAAAAUUAUGAUUUCCGUGGAGGUUUGCAUGCCGCUUCUCAUGCUGUUUUACACGUGGUGCCUUUACAUAUAAUGUGCAACUUGUCUGAUUUGGCUCCUGAGUGUCCGAAUCCUCAUGACAGCCGAUAUUAUCCUGAAAGAAUCUUGAUAUAUGAUCAACAUCCUGGAGGGUCUGGAAUAUCAGUACAGGCUCAACCUUACUUCACAAAGUUUCUGGCAGCUGCUCUAGAAGUGCUGACAUGUUGCCGCUGUUCGGCUGAAGUAGGUUGCCCUAAUUGUAUUCAGAGCUUUGCUUGUCACGAGUAUAACGAGGUUUUGCACAAGGAUGCGGCCAUUAUGAUCAUCAAGGGUAUUCUGGAUGCAGAGAACUAG